AUGGCGACCGUGACGCAGACAGAGACCAGUAGCGUCCCAGCGACCUUUGAGCUGCAGAGUCAGCACGAGAGCCCCAGGAACUCACUCAACGAUCCCGAACCCGAGCAUGUGUCGAACAAACCCAGCAAAGCAGAACUGCUCAGGAUUAUGAGCGUUGCAUUCUCCUUUUUUGUCGCCGGAGUCAACGAUGGCAGUGUCGGAGCCCUUGUCCCCCAUGUGAUCCGAGAUUACAAAGUUACCACGGCCAUCGUAUCAUCUGUUUACGGAGCCAACUUUAUGGGUUGGUUUCUGGCCGCCUUCUCAAAUACACAUCUAUGCCAAAUCCUUGACCUCGGCGCCAUGCUCGCUCUUGGCGCUGGGCUACAGGUGCUGUCUCAUGCUCUACGGGCCUGGCGACCACCCUUUGCCCUUUUCACCAUCACGUUUAUGCUGGCUAGUCUCGGCCAGGCUUACCAAGACACACAUGGAAACACCUUUGUUGCGGGCGUAAAAGGGUCGCAUCGAUGGCUAGCGUUCAUCCAUGCAAUGUACAUGGCUGGGUGUCUUGUCGGACCAUUCGUCGCAACUGGCGUUGCCUCGGCUGGGAGCGUAUCGCGUUGGUACCUCUUCUACAUUUUUCCUCUUGGAAUUGGUGUUCUUAACCUGGUCCUCGUUUCGUUCGCAUUCUGGGACACGAUGGGAAUCAAGAGAAAGCAGCCAGUUACGGAACGGACGCUGGAAGCCGACGAGACACCUGCAUCGAGAAGUGAGGAUGCCUUCCUUCUGAUGAAGGAGGCACUGAGGACCAAGAACGUCUGGCUGAUUAGCCUCUUUUUCUUCUUCUUCCUUGGCGCUACUCUCACGGCUAGCGGAUGGAUUGUCGAGUAUCUCGUUGCCGUUCGCGACGGAGACAUCAACCAGAUGGGUUUUGUUCCUGCGGGUUUCAGUGGAGGAUCGCUACUAGGAAGAUUGUUUCUGGCUGAGCCAACUCACCGAUUCGGAGUUCGGAGGAUGAUUUUCGGCUUCACCAUUAUCAGCAUUGGCCUUCAGAUUUUGUUUUGGCUUGUCCCCAACAUCAUUGCGGCUUCGAUUGCUAUUAGUUUACUGGGUUUCUUCAUGGGCCCAUAUUUUGCCACGGGCAUCUCGGUUGGCUCCAAGCUGUUUGCCCCUCGGAUCCGGUCAACGGCUCUGUCAUUUGUCUUUGUAUUUGCACAACUUGGAGGUUGUCUGUUCCCCAUUAUCACCGGUCUUGUUGCGGCUCGUGCUGGUGUUGCCGUCUUGCAGCCCGUCUUGUGCGGACUGCUGACUGCCACAGCUGUUACCUGGUUGUUCGUUCCCAUGCCCAAGGAGGGCGAUAACCCGGCCUUGCACCAGGAGUAG